AAACAAAAUUUAAAGACUCAACACAUUUGUGUUUGACUUAUCAAAUAAACUUGAGUUGUCACCUGAUGGAGCCUUCUAGUGGUGAACAACCGUAUGAUGACCCUGAUGUUGGAAACAAAACUCAAGAUCCAGAAAACAAAAGGCAGCAUGAAUCUGAACAAAAGCUGUCAAAAAUUACCUACAAUGCCUUGGAGAACAUUAAUGUAAUUGGUCAAGGUUUGAAGCACCUCUUCCAGCAUCAGCGUAGGAGGUCGUCAGUAUCUCCACAUGAUGUUCAACAAGCUCAGGUUGAUAUGGAACCUGAAACAGAAUUGGAAAACCAAAACACCUGCUGUGCUGAAAUUGAUGGUAUUUCUACCCACCCUACAGCUCUGAAUAGAGUUCUCCAACAAAUCAGAGUGCCACCUAAAAUGAAGAGAGGAACAAGCCUUCAUAACAGACGGGGCAAGUCAGAUCCUCCAAAAGGAAGUCCUCAGAUCAACAGGAAGUCUGUCCAAGAUAUUAAUUCAGGCCGUCCCAGAUCCUCAUCUACUACUGAUGCUCCAUCUAAUUUAUCAAUUCUGGAGAUGGCCUCUCCUAUCUGCUUAGCUGGUGAAGAAGUUGGAUCAGCAGAUCGGAUCGAACGAUUAGAUGUAAGUAGCCUAGCACAAACAACUAACGCAGUGGCAACAAGCACAGACUGCAGUAUCAAUGCAGAUUCUGUUGAUGGAACACCAGAUCCACAACGCACAAAAGUGGCCAUCACUCAUCUGCAGCAGAAAAUACUGAAACUCACAGAGCAAAUCAAAAUAGAGCAAACAGCCCGGGAUGACAAUGUAGCCGAAUACCUGAAAUUAGCCAAUAAUGCUGACAAGCAGCAGAGUGCCCGGAUUAAGCAGGUGUUUGAGAAAAAGAACCAGAAGUCAUCCCAGACAAUCCUCCAGCUGCAGAAAAAGCUAGAGCACUAUCAUCGGAAGCUGCGGGAGAUUGAACAGAAUGGUAUUCAUCGACAGCCCAAAGAUGUCUUGAGGGACAUGCACCAGGGGCUAAAGGAUGUAGGAGCAAAAGUCACUGGCUUCAGUGAAGGAGUAGUAGAUAGCGUUAAAGGUGGACUUUCCAGCUUUUCCCAAGCAACUCAUUCGGCAGCUGGAGCCGUUGCUUCUAAACCUCGGGAAAUUGCGUCGCUCAUUAGAAACAAGUUUGGAAGUGCCGACAAUAUUGCUAAUCUGAAGGAUGCUUUGGAAGAAAGUCAAGAAGACGGGACCGGAGGAAAGACUUUAGGUGUUCAUAACUUUCAGUCGAGCCCAAAAUAUGGCAGUGAGGAAGACUGUUCCAGUGCUACAUCAGGCUCAGUGGGAGCCAAUAGCACUCCAGGAGUCCAGUUGGGAGCACCAAGCUCCAGAUCGAACACUCUGGAAAUGCAAAGCUCAGCGUUUGAUGCGAUAUUGCAUGAGAUUCAAGAGCUCAGAGAGGUUCAAGUACGACUGGAGGAAUCCUUUGAAGAUCUCAGAGUUCACUACCAGCGAGAUUAUUCCUUGAUAAUGCAGGCUCUACAGGAAGAAAGAUACCGAUGUGAGCGACUAGAAGAGCAGCUGAAUGACCUGACUGAACUUCAUCAGAAUGAAAUCCUCAACUUAAAACAAGAAUUGGCCAGCAUGGAGGAAAAAAUAGCUUACCAGUCCUAUGAACGAGCCAGAGACAUCCAGGAGGCCCUGGAAGCCUGCCAGACCAGAAUCUCCAAGAUGGAACUGCAACAGCAGCAGCAGCAAGUUGUCCAGUUGGAGGGCCUUGAAAAUGCCACUGCCAGAAACCUUCUGGGCAAACUAAUAAACAUCCUUUUAGCUGUGAUGGCUGUCCUGUUGGUGUUUGUCUCCACCGUGGCCAACUGCGUGGUCCCCCUGAUGAAGACUCGCAGCAGGACGUUCAGCACUUUCUUUGCCAUGGUCUUCAUUGCCUUUCUGUGUAAGCACUGGGACGCCAUUACCAGCUACUUGGAACGCUUCUUUUCACCCCCCAGAUGAUGACAAGAACGGGCCGUUGCCUCGCCCACUUGGCAAGGAAGUGCAUCAAACUUAGUCGUCAGUUCCUUCCUCCACUGAAGAUGUUAACAUGUCCGAGUGUGAAUUUGUUUACAGUUAAAAUAAUAUUUUCUCUCUGAGACAUAUUGGCAAUAGUGAGGGUUUUUUUUAGAAUUUAUUAAAGAACUUUUUUUUUUUGUCAAAAAUCCUGAACAGUUUUUAUGUAGCACGGUUCUCUUUGGAUGCAAAUCUUAAUAUUCUGUAUGUGUACAGAGAUAAAACACAAAUCUGGAGCACACCAAUGAGCAAAUUAAAUUAUGGCUCAACUACUGUACUAAACCUGGUCGGAAGAGGAAAAGACAAUUACAUAAAUUCUAACAAAGAUAAUCCGGUGCAUAACGAUACUCUGAUUAUCCUACAAUGCUACUGUGAAACCUGACCACAUUCUGUGUCUGAAUGUAUAGCUUCAGGAUGGCUUUCUCUAGUGAAAGACCAAUGCAAUACAUGGAACUUUCUGGAUCUCUUCCUGGGUUUGCCUCUUCUGCUGUUAAACUUUCUGGCUAGAUAUAUGAAGUGGAUUAGUUCUACUGUGUACAGUUCCUGCACAGUUGUACUACAGUAUUUUGAAGUAGCCCUUUGACUAUUUUAAGCAAAAGCCCUUGGUUGCACUUUGACUGUUUUUUAAUGUAUGUAUAGUCACAGAUUUAAAAAUCCAAAUGGCAUACUUGAAGAGUGUAAUACUCAAAACUCUCAGUGCUUCCUUAUUGUUUCUAAUAGGAUUUUUUAUUCUUAUUGGGGAUUGUUUUUGAACUUAAUGGUUGAGAGCAUCAUCUCUCUUUCUCUCUCUUGCUCUCUUUGAAUAAAGAAGUGACGUUCGUAAAUGAAGAAGCGUGUGAAUAAAUAUGAGCUACCGUGUUCUGAGAUGAUUUGGAAGGUUGCAGAUAAUGUUUAAUGUAUCUCAAGUGCAAACCUGUUCAAAUGUGAUCUGUUUCCUCCUUAACUUCCAGACCUCGCAUUAACAAAACAGAUGAUCUGAUCCCUCCAGCCAGUUCAUAUACCCUUUGCUUUGUUUGGAAGUAAAUGAGGAACUGAAAAUGUUGUUCCUGGUCCUGUUGUGUCUGGACCAGGUAUUUUGAAUCCUGGUUUAUUUUAAGAAAAAUGAGCAGGAAGUUUUGAAAGCAUGAGUGAGUGAGCUGUUCUGAGAAGAAAACUAGGCAGUCUUAAUAUCAAUAAUAAAUAGGACUUAAACUUUUAAGUUUAGGCUCCUCCAUGCCAAAGUUGGAGUGGUAGCUAAGAUAGAUUACAGUCGGUCAGCUUCAGAUCUAUCGUAAAGUUACCCUGUGUCUGUUAAGGAAGGCAUAAAUGCUUAAGGAAGCAUCAAGUCAUUAGGCCAAUCCUUUAAAUAGUACCUGAGUUAAUGUGUUAUUCAAAUAAGCCCUUGGGAACUGAAACCAAAGCUGUACUACUAACAGACUACUAACAGUGUUCAUGCUGUUGGUACUUUUUUAUAUUUAGAGUCAGCCUCUUCAACCUCCUUGUGUUCCCCAUAUAGGACAUGAUGAAACCUCUUGCAUUAGUAAGAUUUGGUGGCAGCUGAGCAUUGUCAAGAAAUAGGGAAACAAAAGAGCAAGUGAACUGUAUCACACACAC